AGCAUUUGUCACUUUUGCUACUUCAUUUUGACUUCUUCUAGAGACAAAGAUAGCGGAAGACCAUAAAAGGUGUUUUGUUGAGGGAAUCCUGGUAAUGUGCCGCAUAGAGCACCGACAAUUCUAAACUCUUUUCUUAAUCUUUCGACAUCUUUUACAUUAAAUACUAAAUAUCUGUUUCCAUAUUGCUUAAUUUCAACAAGGCUCAUAAGUCAAUCGAUCUCACUCUUUCAAGCAAAGAGUGGAAGAAAGGUUGCCUUGACUGAGCUUAAAAAGACGGCGGCGCUUUUCACUGGCCCCCUUCCCUUUUCUCAUCUUACCCUCCCGGGACUUUCUUUUCUUUUUUUUUUGCAAAUUGACAGCCAUGCUCAGACACUUUGUAAAGUCCAACGCUCGUUCCUUUUCAACAACACCCGCUGCCUUUGCAGGUCGUCAAGGAGUCCGUAGAAGACCAGCCAAGAAGUUCGAUGUUGAAGAAAUGCCAAAGUUUGAAUUUGAUGAUCAAACGACCAUUGGACACAAUCUCUUUGACAAUAUUAGAGAAGUUCGUCAAUACUUGAGGAAGACAGAAUUUGAAUUACCAAAAUUGAGUGUGUUUGCAAAACCUUUUGAACCACCUACUUCUAAUCAAAUCUUGAAAUUUAAGACGCACACUUAUCUCGGAGAAGGACACCCUGUUGAACGUAAAGUAGUAUUGAGUGUGAAAGUAGCUGAUUUAAAAUUAAAUGAUACGGAAAGACACAAGUUUUUAUUAUUGAGUGGACCGAGAUAUCAUGUUGAUACAGACGAAUUAAUCAUGUCAAGCGAGAGAUUCCCAAAGCGUCAACAAAACAAAAAGUUCUUGCUUGAUACUUUGCAUAAACUAAUCAAUGAAGCAAAGGAUAUGAAGGAUACAUUUGCUGAUGUGCCUCUCAAUUUACCAAAGCCCAAGACAAGAUUAGAAUUCCCUAAAGAGUGGCUUAAGCCUAAGAAAGAAGAAAGCAGCUCAAUUGAAUGAUUUGUUAAUAAAUACAACUGUAGACAUACGUUUUAAUUAUUUUAAUGAUCGUCUUCGCUUAGACCAGGGCAAUUUUCAUCAAGGUCCUCUUUAUCCGUAUAUCUUGCUUUACACCAAAAGCAAUAAAAAUACUUUUCUCUUACAUAACUUGUAAGUCGUUCAACCUUUUCCUCUAGCGGAAGUGACUUUAGCUCUUCAACUUGUUCUGGUGGAUAUUCUAGUUUAUCUUCUUUCUGCUUUUCCCCGUCUUCUUUUUCUUUUUCUUCUUCUUCUUCAU